AUGGCCUUCGUCGCUCCCUCCGCCGGCCACAUGCCCUUUCACGACGCCGGCGAGACGUACGUCGAUGCCCACCACCACCAGCACCACCACCCCUACGCCAGCCACGCCUCCAUGCCCGAACACUUCCCCCAACAUGUGCCGCAUCACAUGUCCUGCGACAUCAAGCCGCGCCUUACCAAGGAGCAGCACGACAUCCUCGAGGCCCACUACCAGAAACAGCAGAAGCCCAACACCAACACCAAGAAGGGCUUCGCCGACUCCCUGGGCGUGUCGCUGGACAAGGUCAACAAUUGGUUUCAGAACCGACGCGCAAAGUCCAAGCAAGAUGCGAAGAAGCAGGCCGGUGCCUUUAACCUGUUCGCCCAGCAGCAACAGCCUGCGUCCGCCAACUACCCGUCCGACUCUGAUACCUCGCCCUCUUUCACGUCCGCCGACUACUUCUCCAUGAUGCAGCAAUGCGCCGCCGACGACAAUACAUCCACCUCCAUGUCAAUGUCAUCGAUGCCGCAGUUUCAGGACCAGGUACACGGCCUGCCCUACGCCAACAAUACAACUCCACACGAGGACUUCAACAUUGCUGCGAUGGGUCAGGGUCAGCAACUCCAGGGGGACAUGUUUGAUAGCCCACAGGAAAUGAACCGCCGCACUUUGACCCAGGAACAAUUCGAUGCUUUUGCACAAAACGGGGGAAUGAUGCGCUCAGGGCAAUUCGAUACCCUCCACAAUGGCUUCUCUGGCGAUGCCGACGUCCUACGUCAGGUGUUUCCCGAGAUGCAAAACGAGUUCAAGCAGCAAGACACUUUCGCCUUUCCCGCACCCAUUGGCGCUCCGCUCUCCAGCAACGAUUCCAGCGUUCCGUCCACUAUUUCCGAACAGUCCAUUUUCCCCUCGUCAACCACGAUGCAGGAGCAAUAUUCUGUUUCUGCGCCAGCGUCUGACUGGGGAGACAGUCGCAGCUCAUCAGUGUCGCUAUCGCAAGAACAUCAAUAUCAGCAAGUGCCGGCUUCCCAGCAGGCUCCCAACGCCUCCACCUCGCAAUGGCAACCUGGACAAUCGGUCCCAGUGGAUCCCAAUGAUCUUCAGCAGCAGUUCCGUGAAGCUGCUCAAAGACAACAACAAUUGCAUCAACAGCAGCAGAUGGUGCAGCAUGAGCAGCCAUUGGCUUGGCCUGCGGACGAGGCUUUCGUUCGUAGAGACUCGCAGAAUGGCACGAUGCUUGCUCAACAAAUGAGCAACUUUGCCAUCCAGACGCCACAACCACAGCAGACAGCUACAUUCAAGACCCCUGCCCAUCCAGGAGAGCAGUCUGCCAGCAUUGCUGUCCGACGUCAACGCCCAAAGCCACAGCCUUUGGGUAUGGCUGCUCUGCGCAGUCAAUCAUACAGCGGCGCAGUUCAACCAGCAUCUCCCGGACAACAACAGACGUCAAAUCUUGCCGCUCCAGGACAACAACUACGACGUAUACGAUCUUCUAAUGUAAUCAACGGGGUGGCACAAGGCCGUGUUAUGAAAUCAGUACCUGGCUCGGCGCAACGGUCACCGUUGAACUGGACUUUUGCAGACGCCGCAACCAACUCGCCCAAGAUGCUGAGGCAUGCAUCUUCUUCGUCCAUGGGAAAUCUCGCGCCUCCUACGCCGAUGUCGCCCAAAGAAGCGGCAGCCAGGCAGGAGCAGAGCCGGCCCCAGUUUCCGCCUUGGCAGUCAGCGUCUGGCCACUUUAGCCGUCAAGCGAGCAUCAGCGAGACGGAUGCUGAGCACAAUGUACCGAUGCCCUCACAGUCAGUGCCGCCGCAGCCCGUCUCGUCACCGCCGCACACACCGCUGUACCAUCAUCACCAUCAGCAACAUUCUCAGCAGCAGCUCAGUCAGGCCCGAGUCGGGAACAAUGUCAUCACGGAGAAUACACCUCCCCAGUCGGCCCCCGCGGCGCAGACAAGCUUCCCGGCUAAUGUCUUCGUGGCGCCGCAGCAGCAACAGCAACAGCAGCAGCCACAGCAAAUGCAAGCUUAUAUGCUGCAACAGCACUACAUGAACGCACCAGUUCCAGAGCAGCAUUUCCAGGUGCCUGCAUCGUAUGGACCGGCACAGCAAUUUGUGAUACCAGUGCCUGAUGGAUCAUCACAAAUGUCGAUGCAAUUCGCAAGCGGCGGUGUCCCUGUUGUCAAUGCGCAGGGCAACCUCACCAUGGCCUACCCACCACAGAUGCAGCAAAUGCAAUUCAUCCAGCACGCACCCCCACAGACUCAGGGCCAGCAACAACAACCUCACAUGCAAACGCCUCCUCAAGGGGGUCAGCAGUUCAGUUUUGUCACGUCGUCGGGAGCAUCACCUGGUAUGAACGUGACGACACAGCUGCCAAAGCCUCCUCAACCGGCAUCUGAGUUCUUUGUUCAUGAAUACAGCCCUCCACAGGAUAUCAAACGCACAGCGACCCCUCGAAAGCCCCCAGUCGACCACGGUCCCAAGAGCUACACUUUCGCGAACCAAGGGCCGGAACAUUUCGAAAAGGAGAAGGCCAAGAAGGGCGACAAAUCAGGGACUGCUUCCAACAGUCCCGCGAGCGCAACAUCGAGCUCGUGA